UACAAGCUUCAAAACACAUCCAUAAACGUGACGCACACUCACCGUAACAUAACCAAUACAUGCGUAGAAGUGAAGACAAGUUCGGUUCGUUUGAAAACGUUCGUUUCGAAUUCAUUCCGUACCGGUCUUCGGUUGGGUAAAGAAGUGUUCGGGUUUGGUCUCCUCAACACACGAAAAAGUUCUCGUUUUUAAGUGCGCGAUCUUUUCUAAUUUCUAACAAUGGAUAUGGCAUGUUUGGAAAUUCCCGGAACUGUCCAAGGCGAUAAGGAUUUUACAAUUCUCUCCGAUCACCGUGUCAUUAAAAAUCUCCUAGAAGCCGAAAAAGCUUACAUACCUUCAAUGAAUUACUUUAUCAUUCAAAGUGACAUCAAACCUUUUAUGAGAAAAGUUGUUACUCAAUGGAUGUUAGAGGUUUGCGAAGAACAAAAAUGUGAAGAUUCCGUUUUACCCUUGGCUGUCAACAUCAUGGAUCGGUUCAUGUGUGCUUGUGUUAUUAAGCGGCAGGAUUUUCAACUUUUGGGGGCAAGCUGUCUUUUGAUCGCCUCCAAAUUGAGAUGUUGCAAUCAAUUGGGGGUCGAUUUAUUGUGUGCUUACACCGAUAAUAGUGUUACCCCAGAAAAUAUUCAGAGUUGGGAGUUGCUGAUUUUGUCAAAAUUGCAAUGGGAGAUGAGUGCUAUAACGGGGUUCGAUUACGUGGAUCAAGUAAUCGGGCGGUGCUCCUGGGGCAACGACAGCACCCUUCUCAGACGACAUUCCAACACGUUGGUCUCCGUUUGCUAUACGGAACCAAGUUUAAUCCAAUAUGCACCAUCAUUAAUAGCCGCUGCUUGCUUAUGUUCGGCCGUUCGUGGAUUAAAAUUAUCANCAGCGCGACAAGCAGCGUCCGAUAUUUGCAUGAUGUUAAACGUAGAUCCAAUAAACAUGGAAUUAUUGGUUCGAUUCAUCGAUCAAACGAUAGAACAAUCCGUUUCGCAGUCUUCGACAACGCAGCAACAAGAAGUAGUUCAAGAAGAAGAAAUUUCAACGAAAUUCGCAGAAUACGAACAACCAGAAACGCCAACAGAAGUAAAUAAUUUAUAUUUUUGCGAUUAAAAUCACGACUUAUAUUCGAAAAAAAAAAGAUUUAUUGGUUGUUUAUCCUUUUGUCGUUAUUUUGCAUUGUUGCGUUUAUUCGAAAAAAAAAAGAUUUAGUUUUCGUUACUGAAUACAUGUAUUUUAGGUAUUUUUCUAAAACUAUUUUAAUUUCGAUUGAUUUUUUAGUUUAUGAAAUACCUCUUUGAGUUUAUGAUCUCUUAAUUUACCGCUAUUAAGAAGAAAAAAA